AUGGAUGUCGCGAAACUAAGAGACUCCCUCCCCUCUAAAUCUGAUAUUGAACACCACUGCCAGAACUUCGCGAAAGCAUCCCGCCACCAAUUGAGUCUGCUCUCUGCUCACCCAUACGCUCGUGAGGUCAUCUAUAGCCUGACCUUCGUGAUCUUCAUCGCUCUCGCGCUUCUCAGUUACUUCCGACGCCGGUCUCCAACCUACCCGUCGACGCCCACUCUCGAGAAAGCACCGCCCACUAAACCCGCCGCCCGAAAGCCAGGACACUGGACACCCUCAACUUUCACCACACCGACCCCUCCACCCUACCCAGACUGGUCUCUUUCAGAAACCAAGCCUCUGCCCUACCGCCCAUUUCGCUAUGGUCCCAAGUACUUUGUCACCAUGGGUUUGCGGAACGUACAUUUCCAUGAUUGGAUCGAGCUAGACAACCACUAUCCGCGCUACCAUGCCGACAAGGCACGACGUAUCGCUGAGCGGGGCGCCAAAUGCUGCAGAACAGCGCCCGAGGCAUAUCCAGCUGCCGUGGAGCUGUUAGAGGAGCUGGUGGCAUAUCUUCCCGCGCGUUACCCCAGUCUGUACGCCCGAACUGAAGCAGGCAUACGGAAUUUGUGGAGUGGCGAGGAGUUGAAUAUCGUUGAGAGGCCAUUACGUGAGGACCCCAUGCAGAUGUGCGCACGCCUGGUGCAGGAUGACCUAGCGAUUAUGAUCGAACGGCCCGAUGGGCAGUAUUAUCUGUUAGCGGGUGCCAUUCUGCUGGCUGGUUUCUGGCGACUGGAGGAUAAGUAUGGAAUGGUAUUGUCGGAAAUCCACACUUCGGGGGAUGUACCACAAUAUCGGGAGAAGCUGGAGAAAGGGAUGAUGAACUUCUUCCGACGCCUGAAGCCGGAAGAGAUGGUUGCUAGAAACAAUUACUUCAUGCAAGUGGAUGAAGAUUUGCCGUGGAGUCACAGUAUUGGGGACGAAGACAGCACCGAUGUGAGUUGGAAUACGGCGGAGAAGAACCGUGCGAUUGAGCACCAUUACUUCCGCAGUGAAAGGCAGACCUUGAGAAGGUUACCCAAGAGUGGAGGUGUGGUAUUUUCCAUUAGGACAUAUUUCCACCCUGUCACCGAAAUCGCAGAGGAGGACUUUGUUCCAGGCAGGUUGGCAAGCGCCCUUCGAAGUUGGGGUGAUGACGUGAGUCGAUAUAAGGGCAAAGAGAAGUAUCAAGACGUCCUGCUUGAGUAUCUGGAUGCGAAACAUCAAGAGCAGGUGAUGCGAGGGUUGGACUUUGAGAAGGAAGAUGAUGUCCGGGCAUAUCCCUGGUAG